AUGUCGUCGUCGCGGACGCCGUCGCCGUCACUGUCCGCUUCGCGCGAGAAUAUCCCCGAAGCUGCGAAUUCGGAGACCAACCGUCGCUCGUCCAUCCUCAGCCGAUUGCUUUUUCGUAAUUCCGAGAAAAGAGGUUCCUAACAUCUAUUUUUAUACGUUUUAUAGUUUUCAUGUUUCGAACCACAGUCUCUUGAGCAUAAAGGAUCUUGAAAAAAACAUUGCGAGCGAUUUUUGAAAAGUAAAGUCUUAGAAACCCAUUCCUAAAGGUCGGCCUUUCUAUUUUAGUGAUGUGAAUUUUUCCAUAGUUCAUUCGUCGUGGGAUUUAUUUGAUGAGGUUUCGAAACGGGAUAAGAAAGAAAACAAAAGUUAAGAAUUAUCCGUGAAAUUUUCGUUCCAAUCAAUCAAUGAGUGAGUUAAAUGAUCAUAAUGCACCAUUCACAGAAAUUCGUCACUACCGCUGUUUUAAAAGUUUUAAGAAGUUAGAUAAAAACCUUUUUUUGCAGCGGUAAAUUACAAAAAAGGAAAGAAUCGGCUGAUUUGUGAAUCUUGUCAGGCUCGCAGGAGUCGAUGAGGACGGUAUCUCCUGUCAACGGGGAGCGCUGUGCGUCGCCAUCUCGGACAACUUCGCCAAGUAGAAGACUUGCCAACUUUGCGAGCCGGUUCGUCUUCUUAGUUGUUUUAUUGUACUCACAACUUGAUGAAAUAAUGGCUUUUAAUGUUCCGUUGCAUUCCUAGUGGAUGGAAUCAAUUACAAAAGUCUUGAUUUUUCUACUCGAUUUUUCUCUUUUUCGAUUUUUUUAUCUUUAUUGGAGUAAAAAAACGCAGUAAGUCAAUAAAAUCGUUGUUUUUUUUUUCGAUGGAUAACGCUGAACAAAACUCACAACACAUUUUUUUUUCAUAACGUUAUCCACCGAAAAAAACGAUAUUAUUGACUUAAUUCUUUUUUACUCCAAUACAGAUCAGUAAAUAAGAAAUAAAACGCUGGCCUGCCGUUUUAUUCUUAGUUCAACGUGAUUCCGAAAAGCUCGAAAUAGUCGUCAGAGGGAAAAAAAGAGGAUAAAUAAAUGAUGGAUAGUCAGAGAUAGUUUUUGAAUUAAAAAUUUUUUAAAAAGGAAAAACUUUUUUUAAUUUUUUUAAAAAGGAGAACUUACGCUAACUUUUUUAACUGCCUUACUUCUACCAUGAGCCGUUACAAGCUGACUUUUGGAACUUAUCCGAUUGAAAAAAAAACCUGAAUUUUUAAAAAAUACUCAGGGAGUGUUUUUUACUUCGUUGCGAACUUAUGUUCUGGAAGGCUGAAUUUUCAUACCCAGCAAAGAAGUUGGAACAGUCUAUUAAAAAAAAUUUAACAUUUUUCAGAUCCGUACGGAAGAACCAAUGGCGGUUAUUCAAGCAUCACACGUUUUUUGGCAGCCAGCGGAGCAGCAUCAAAGCCGGCAAACUGUUGGUUCAAAACUUCAAUGAAAAACAGGAGUAGAAUGCUUGAAAUUUUGAAGUUAUCAUUGAGAAGUUGACAUGAAAUUCGAUGCUCUUAAAAGGCCUCCCAUGUCCUUUCCAGACGUUUUUCUUCUUUUCUGCGCUAUUUUAGAGAUAUUUUUGUACAAACAAAAAAGGCUCUACGCUCAUUAGUUCAUUGAAGCUAAAGAGAAAUUUAAAAAGAGACAACCGAAUAAUUAUUGAAAAACUUUUAUUGAAGGGAAAUUAUUCAAACAAAUUCGUUCCGUGUUUUCGAGUACAAAACGACUGAUUAUGAAAAAGCGUCAGAAAAAUGAGAUGAAGUACAAUUUUCCUCAAUCUCUUGAAAGAUUUUUCGCGCUGUACGUAGCAGAAAUGUCUGAUAAUUUUUCGAAUAUAGGAAAAAAUUUUUCGUUUUUCUCUACCAGUUCGUUGAACAUUCUGUCCAGAUAAAUAUCUCUUUGUACUGGUCGAGUUUUGAAAUUUGUCGUGCUUCUUUGAUCGAAAUUAGAAUAAAGAGUGGAAAGAUGUGGUUUUUCGCAGGCAGCUGCCGCGCCUGACGCUUCGCCAUCCGUCGGUGGACGGAACUGCGAUGCCGCUGCCGCUCGACGCCGACGACAGAGACGAACGCGAUAUCGUCGCCGUCCGUAGCCAGUCGCGACGCUGGACCGACACUGAGACAGUCAGUUUUUUUCUUUUUUUUUUCUUUUCAACCCUCACAGGCGAAGCGAGAAGGUACUAUAAUGUGUCUACAAAGUUACCUCUAAAAAUGGAUCAUGAAGACCCCAUGUGUCCAUCGUGAGACCUCCAGCAUACUUUUUAGCUACAUCUGAGCCAUCUCGGAGGUAGUUGAGAGUCUCUCUCAAGCACUUCUAAUUUUGUUAAAAACCCUCAGAGGUAUACUCGAGGUACCAUUGUACUUUAGAGCCUGCGGUAUACCUCAGAGGGUCUUGCGAUACCCUUUCUCGAUCCGCCUAUGUUUUCGAUUUCUCUAUUGAGCUUCUUUGAUAGCGAGGAAUGUGUCAAUAGUUCAAUUUGAAUAUUAGUUUUUUUUUGUGGUUAUAGUUUAUAGUAAUCGUUUUUGACCAGGAUAGUACAAAAGUAAAAGUUUUUGAGUAGUUUUCAAGAAAAUAGCGAUUUCAUUUUUUACUCAUUUUAAUUUUGAAAUCUGCUUGCACGCGAAAUAGCGGAGGCGUCAGUAGACUUGCAUUUUUUCUUAAAUAACCAGAUAUCUGUGUCCAAUCGGAACUGUUUUUCCUGAAAAAUCACGUAUGUGUACAAAAAACACACUGAUAAUAAAAGAAACGCAAAAUACCAAAAAAAAAAACGCGUUUUGGCGGGAGUUCAAAAAAAAUUUGCCGACUUGAAUUAUUAUUUCUUCAAAACUAGGAACUUUUUGUACACUCUCAAGUAUACCGUGCGGCAUGCGACGGGGAAUUUUACAAAAUUAAAAAUUGAUCUCUAACCCCUUUUCUACCGUUCAUACGCCUUAAAACUUGGCUGCAAAACAGCUGAGAAAGGCGUUUUUUUGAUUCCGAUUCAAAAUUCACAUCUUUAGCCUUUUAUCGAGGGCAUAACGUCUCAAGGACGCCGAAGAUAUUUUGUUUCCUCAAUAAAAUGGUUAAAGUUGAACUUUAAAGUAUCUUUACUGAAUUAAAGCAUGAAAAAAUCCAUUAGGUACAAGUCAGGCUUCUCUAAAUUACGUACAACUAGGGCAGCAGUGCUUUUUUCCGAUAAUAAGUUUGAUAAGAUGAGCUUCUAUAGUAAGUUUUUUUUAACAAAUUUUUUUCCAAGUUUUGAGGGCUAUAGAUUUUCGUUUCCAGCGCCGGUAUAUGGUUAUUAAAAGGAUCAUUCGCGUUUUUUAUUUCUCCGAGAGAAAAUAAGGAGAAUAAGAUUGAAGGAAACCCCAUCCAUGUUCCUGACGAAUGUCAAUUGAGAAAGCAAAAGCGGCUUAUUUUGUUCGCAUAAGAAGGCUUUUCGAAACCCUCGGCUUAUGUUCGUCAAACCAUCGCUCUGACUAAUGAGACUUGUAGACAAAACAUGCUGGGCUCAUAUGAAAAUCCAAUUUUUCCUUUUUUUUUUUUCAUUCUUCGAACGCACUUUAAUUUGUGUGAGCCUUUCUCCUAGUUUUACAUAGAUAAAAAAGUUACUCGUUCCGUUUUUUUUUCGGAUUUUGAUUUUAGAGACUGAUUGAAAGACAAAUUCUUGAGCAUUUUUUUCUGCUGGAUCUACUAGAAUACAAACUGUCCACGUUUUGUAUUUCUCGCCUUGUCUCGCACUUUUGAACAAUUUGAAAAUUUUGAUCCCAGGUGGAAUAAUGGUCUACAUCUUGGAGGGACGAGACUUGAACCCAAAAAAAGUAAGAAAAGACUCGGAUAGACUUCUUCUAACUGGAUCUUUAUAUUAAUACCCGAAUUUUACUCACGAUGAACCACACCUUCAUUUUUUUUCCCUGGUAAAACUUUGAUAUGUUGAUUUCUGUGAAGGCCGCAGAAAGGCAGCAAAAAAAAGUCCCUUUAUCGAGUCUUUUACUUUUUCUGGGAUUUUUAAGGCUUGAGAAAUGGUGGGAAAAGAGAGAGGCAGCAAAAAUGGUUCAAAAGAGCCAAUGAAAUGCCGCAAAAAGGCAGCUUAAAAGGAGCCUUUGUCACCCUAAAAUGAACAUUUCUAUUAGGCCCUUUUCCAGCCUUUCCGACUUUGCCUAUGUGUCAAAAAAACUUGAAAUAUACUUUUUUUAAAAACGAGAUUUUUCCAAUUUUUUUGUGUUCAAUAUGGAUUCAAUCAAAUUUGAUUUGGAAAAAAAACCAAUAACUUUUCGGAAUCAUUUCAAACUCAUGAAAACAUGAAUUGAUUAGCGAGAUUGAACCAUUCGGUGCGCCGUAGUACAAUAGUUUGUGCGGCUGCCUAGCGCUGCUCAAGCGGUACGAAGGCGUUAGAAGAAGAGGGUGAUUGAACCAUGUUUGUGAUGUAGAGGAGACACUUCGCUCAAGUCCCUCAUCAUCUAGAGCAUCGCGAAGUCCUCAUUUCCAUGCGAAAAUUCUCCGAUGUUUAUUCUUAAAAUCAUUGAGGAUCAUUUUCGUCGGACUAUGUCCAAGAAUAAUUUUGAAUAAAUUUGAAAAACUGCAUUUUUCAAAUUUUUGAAACGUUCCGGCUAAACUAUACUGCACUUUCUUUUUGAAGAAACAAACUUGGUUAACAGUACUUUGGCGACUUUGGGUAGAGGCCCUUUCUUAUAUGAAUUGAACUUUCUAGGCGAAUCUUCGUGCGACUUGAGCUGUAUUUUCGGUGUGAGAAGGGGGGUCGGAAUUACUCAAUUAGCAGUAGCCGUCUUAGAGCCACAGACGCGCGCACGCUCACGUUCACAUACUGAAAAAAGAAGAAAAACGAGUGGCGGACAACCUCUAGAGCGGCUCGAGUGACGUGCACAAUUGCCUUUUCGAAUUGGCUCCUUUCUCCAUUCCUUUUUGUUGUUCAGAUUUUUCCCUCGGUUUCUAAGUUGUUUUCAAGGGUCUCACUCACAUCCAGGCCAUUUCCUGGUCACUUCAAAAAUUUUUUGGCUGUUUUUUCACAAGUUCAUUCGAGGUCGUUUUUAUGAGACGUUGGCUUCUUUUUUUUUCAUUUUCAAAAUAAACUGAUGAACUUUGGUUUUGAUCCGAUUAAGCAAUAAUUUGCUAAGUUUAAUUACCUCAAAACGGAAAAAGUUCAAUUUAGGAAUUUUCUCUACACGUAAAAACAAGCUCAGACCUUAGUAAGAAUUUACAACGUGUCUGGGUUAGUUAGUUCCUUUCGCCUUUUUUUUUCUUUGUUCACUGAAAUUUUGUUUUUGCUGAGUAGACAGAAUUUUGGUGGGAAAAGCCUAGCUUAUAAGGAAGCCGAGAUUUUCCUGGGAUUAAGCACCUGUUCUGUUGCAUUCAACGUGAUUUUUCAAGCAUAGCUUCUCUCUUUCCCUUUUUUUCCUUUUUUCGCGCUUUUUUUCCAUUCUUUCCUCAUACUUCUUUUUUUUGUCGUUUUUAUUUUUCAUCUUUUUUUCUCGACACGACAAAUUUAUCAGUUAUUCAAGUUAAGUUAUCUCAAAGCGAAAAUCUAACUUUUUUUUAUUCAAAAAUAAUAGUCUACGAGAUCUUCGUAUUCAAUUAACUUAAAGUUAUCUGGCUUUAACCCCCCCCUCAUUUAAGCUGCGUAAAUUUUCAUACGACCUAAGUAAGAAAUUGAUUUUUUUUUUGUUUCGAGUGAAAAGUUUGGAAAGGAAACGUGGGACUUAGUUCGAGCAGAGAAAAACGAAAAACGCAGGUGCGUUGGAGAAAUGGAGCCAGGGGUUUCUCGAGAGCGACGUCGUCAGUGGGGUCUCAGCGAAUUGUCGAAUUUCCUUCAGACACAUUUCCGCUUUAUUUCGUACUUCUGUUUCGCGUGGUUACUAGUCUAUUCUUUCAGAAUAUCCUGAUUUUCCUUUUAAUUUUUUUCUUCAUUCUACGUAAACUAGUGAAAAACUGCACAAAAAAAUCUCAAAAAAGAGUCAACCUUCGUUUUUGGAAAGCUUGGGGCACAGGAGAAAAAGGAGAAAAAGCUCAGUUUUCUUGAGUCGCCGAAGAUUUCAUAUUUCAUCGUUAUAUCCUAAUUAACGAUUGAACUUUUGAAAAAAAGUAGCAGAAAUAUUCUUCACUCAUUUUUCUAAUAUGUGUAAAAAAAGGAAAAAGUUGGAUAUUGAUAUGACCAAAUUGAACACUUCCCAACUUUGCGUGUAGCGUUACACAUUGAGAAACUGAUGAAAUGCGCGUUUGAACCCAAAAAAAAAGUUUUGAACCUUUCAUUUCACCGAAGUCGACCAGAAAAUCGAAUGAAUUGCUUCGAAGUUGAGAAAUAAGAGUAAGUAAAGAAGAGCUAUGUUUUCAUUCUUUAUUCUCAAGAAUUCGAAUGCUUUCAAAACCAGUAUCAAAGCAAUCCAGUUGUAUACCUUUUGAAGAACAAAUUAUUUGUUUCCCAAAUUCUAGUUUGUAUGAAGAAGAAUGAAUUACGAAACAGUCAAAAAGUCGUUUUUGGAUCAUUUCCGAAUAGUCGUCUCGAUUCGGCUUUAUGCAUGGAAGGACCUUGAUUUGUGUCGCAACAGGGGUUUCCAGGGCCGACUGCGCGGUUCGCGCGAGUCUUCCGGCUUCCACGACUCGCAUGACGCGUUCGACGGUGCCGAAGAGGUGCCGCAAGCGAUGACGGCUCCCGUUUCUCCCUCGGUGCCUCUGUCGGCCAGCAGGUCUUUUGUCUCUUUUUUCCCAUUUCUACAUACUAAAUCCGCUCGCGUCAUGUCAAUGAAACUUCGAAGGCUUAUGGCCAGCGAAAAAAAGGAGUUUUGCAUAGAGUUGUCAACAAAAUCUUUCCUUUCCAUCAAAAUGAUUAGUUCCCAUUUCUGAGAACUAAGUGGAACUAUGGAGGAAAAUUUCAAUAGGAGAAAAUGAAAGGAAAAGCAAGGGAGAGGAAAAAUCUGAAGAUCUCAUUAUGUUUUGUCGAUUUCUUUCGCAUUUGUCGCAUUUUUAAUCAGCUUAAGACUGUCUUUUAUACCUUUUCAAUAUAAGAAGACCUUUGCUAUCUCAUUUUUCUAAUGUACACCUGAGCCUAGUUUUUUUCGUGAUCGGACGUCUUCAAAAAAAAAAAAACUAAUCGAACUCAGUUUCUCCCAAAAAUUCGCUAGUUCAGUGUUUUGAGAGUUUGUAAAACACUCUGACGCAACCGACCGCCGGAGUUUCAGCAGCCAUUCUGAUGGGUGGAAGUAUUCGUCACAGAAACUUUUGUGGAAACUCAAACCUCGAUAUAUCAACUUUUCGCAUGCGAGCAGCACCUCGUCCUCCACUGACUCGGCCUGGAAAUCACUGGUUGGUUUUUUUUUUCCAAUGAGUCACCAACGAGAAACUUUUGGACUUCAAAUCAAAAAUUUUCUGCCCAUAAAUAAACGACACUUUUUUAGGACAGCACGACGUGGAGAAGUGUCGACGGCGCCGAGGUGGUCCUUCGAGGAGCACGACUCGAAACGCUUUCGGAGAUCGAAAGAUCGGCUCUCCAGGUAUUUUCGUCACUUUCUCCGUCAUUUCUGGGUUACAGGUCCUGGCGGCACAGCGUCUUGGUCGACUUCUUCCGGGUGUCAGCGUCGGCAAACCCAAAGGCUAGUUAUACAGUCAUACGUCAGCUGAAUCCCACCCCCAGUUAUUUGCGCGCGAUAAAAAAGAAAUUUGAAAAAGGGGGGCGGGGGUAGGCACUUCGAAGUGGGAUUCAGCCGACUGUAAACAACUCGUCGACUUAACUUACUGAAUGAGAAUUGAAAAAAAAUAUCUAGAGCUCGAAAUGAGUCGAGAAUCCCGACCAAGCUAACUCGUGACGAUGAUUCAGUCGCUUAAGUGCUCUUUCUCGUUAUUUUUUCAAAAUUUAGCGAUACAUCAACCAGAAAGUCAAAAAUAGAACAAACUUUGCAUUGAUUAAAAAGGAACGACUAAUUCAGCCAUCACCCUCUGUUUGAGAGGCAAAAAAGUCGAAUUGCAGAUCCGUUGGCGGCUUUGCGACAAAAAAGACAAAAACUCGUGAAAAGCACACGGACUUUGACUGUGACCGAAGCGAUUCGACGGCCUUCCAGCUCUUCGACUAGUGGUUCUGCCCGAUUUCCAUGUAUUUAUUUGAAAGCUCAUUCAGAUGACAAACGGGUGUUCGGAGUUUCGCUUGCAAAGUGCAUGCAGAAUGAGAAAAGGUAUGCUUUGGAAUUCUGGAAAUCUUCUUUUUCUCAGAAGAGGGAUGAUUUUACUCAAGGGCUUUCCGUUCUUAUACUCAGUUAUUUCUAAAACAGUUAGUUAUUAAGGCUAGACCAGGAAAGUCGCUGUCGUUCUCUCGACGAUUCUUCUGUCUGUCUCUUGCCAAGGUUGGUGAUCAUUGAGUUGAGUAAAGCCCUAAGAAGAUUCAAUAAAUCUGUUUAAAAAAGUUCUCUUCCAGGGGCAAGCCAGUUGCCAAGUCCGUCAAGUCCGAACCCGAAAUGGUGCAGACGUCGACGGUGACAUCAUCCGACGAACGCAAGUGGCUGUACCCGUCGACGCAGAAUCUGUACCCCUCUUGCUCGUCGCACCAGACCUCGUCCUCUCUUGUCGGCUCGGCCCCGCCCACUUGUUCUUUGCUUCCGAACAUUCCUUCUGUUUCUGCACAGAACUUGGCAGCCAGCGAACAAGUCUCCGAGAGCAUCGUCGUUAGUUCAAUUCACUUAUUCUCUUCUGAAUCCGUUUCUAGUGACCAUCUUUUCCUCUUCACGAUUAGAUGUAACUAGCCGCGAAUUAAGCCAUUCUAGAAAACUUUACAGUCCUUAAAAGAGUUUUAUUUGUAUUGACUGUACUUUGUACCGUACCGUAUGGUAGACAGUAGGUCUGUGCUGACCUAAAUUGAGGUUUUUAAUUUUAAAAAAAUGCUUAAAUAGACCAUAAGGAUUCAAUUUUGUUGUGUCCGCGGUAGCCAAAGUCGAAGUUGAAUGAGCAGAUUUAUUCGUAGAAUGAAGAAGUGUGAAAGAGGUAAAAGGGCCGCCUUAUAUACCCAUCUCACGUAGAGAUAAGAGUAUUUAUUAGAGAGACGUGAUAUUCCAACACCUCCCCCCUAAGAUGAUUUUCCCGCUUACCAUCAACCAUCGUCACCAUCGUCACCGUCGCCAUCGCAGUCAUCAUCGUCGUCGCCGCCGCCGCCGCCGCCGCCAUCACAGAAGCUGCCACCGUCCGACAACGACGUUCCCGCCGCUUUGAGACGCUCCGAACGCUAUCAUCAACCGCCGAAACGACUGAACAUGGACCCCUCUUUGAAGUCUUAUGUUUAGUUUACCUGUAUAAGAUGAUUUUCCCGCUUACCAUCAUCUUAGGGGGGAGGUGUUGGAAUAUCACGUCUCUCUAAUAAAUACUCUUAUCUCUACGUGAGAUGGGUAUAUAAGGCGGCCCUUUUACCUCUUUCACACUUCUUCAUUCUACGAAUAAAUCUGCUCAUUCAACUUCGACUUUGGCUACCGCGGACACAACAAAUUUCAAUCGUAAACUUCUAGAAUCAUGACUUUCUGCUUCUGAGGUCUAAUGCCAACGUCGAAUGUAGGAUCAUUCUAACAAAGGUUGUUGAGGGCCGUUUCGCCAAAAAACAACGACCUUCUUCGGCCUCGUUCUCGAGCUCCUUCGAAGGCCUCGGCGACGUCGAUCCACACUCUCUGCAGGUACCGCGGAUCGUGGAGAACUGCACGCAGUACCUGAUGGCGUACGGUAGGAAGUGAGAGGAAACCGUGUUCCCAACUGCUUCUUAGGACUGAACACGGUGGGUCUGUUCCGUGUUGCGGGCAACACGAAACGGUGCCGACAACUUCGGGACGCCCUCGAGAAAGGCGGCGGCGGGACGGCGAUCAGCGACGACGUCGUCGAAAACACCACGGCUCAUGAUGUUGCAACUCUUCUCAAAGAAUACUUUCGGUAACUUUUAUCGUCUUUUUUCUUUGAUAGCCAGUGGAGCUAGACUCAAAAAGUACAAUGAUCACUGACAUCGUAGGUCAUAUCAGUCAGUUCAAUUUUUUUUUUGUUUGUUAAAGGUCCUGGGAAGCUCAAUGCGGGUUAAAAAUGUUCCCUAGUAAGAGUUUUUUCAUAUCCACAUAUAUUUUUUUUUAGUCCAAAAAAAAUUUAGACCGUACUCUAGUAUAGAGAUUAUUCCAUUUUUUUUUCGCAGUUCAUGAAAUUUUCUCAUGAGAAAUUGAUGCAACUGAAUAAAAAUUGAUCGAUGGUGAAUAGGUGAAUUACUAACACACAGCUGUUGGAAUAAUGAGUUUUUCAAAUUAGUGUCUUGAAAGGUUCGUUAUAAAACAUCCAAUGUCGAAGAACGGUAAAGUAAGUUUUUCAAAAGUUUUAGCGCAAGAAUUUCAGAGAUCUUCCACAGUCCCUCCUGCCUCGUGAACACUACCAAGCUUAUAUCGCCUGUUCAAGUCAGCGCACUUUUUCAUAUAUUUUCUCCAAAAUCCGAAUGCAGAACUCGGUCCGGAAGAUCACAUUGAAGCGAUCCGACUGUUGGUCGGAUUGCUUUGCUCGCCGAACGUUGACACACUCUACGUUCUGCUCAAGUUCCUGCACGAGGUGAUGCUCAACUCGAACGACCGCACCGCGGCCGACGGCACCAUGGCAAAUCCACUGAGUAAGAUCUGAUCCAAGUGCUUGACUUCAGAUAAAAGGCAACAAAAUGGACGCCCGCAACCUUGCCACCAUCUUCGCCCCUUCAAUUCUGCGGGCUGACCACGAGAAGCUCCACGCGACUCUUGCCGAGAACGAACAGCAAAUUGCCGUUGUCGAGACCAUGAUCACCUGUGUUGAGGAAAUCUUCGUGGUUCGUAAUAAUUUUUGCAUUUUUUUUAGGGGUCACUUGAAGCUUUACAGAAAGAAAAUCAAGUUUUUUUUUUUUUUAAGUAGUAUAGCUCGGGCAAAGUUGGAAUGGUGAAUAAUGCGUGCUAAAAGGCUCAAAAAAGGCCGCAGAAAGGCAGCAAAAAGAGUGUUUGUAUCGAGGCUUCCAUUUUUUCUGAGGCUCAAGAAAUGGUGGGAAAUGGGAGAGACAGCAAAAAUGGUGCAUAAGGGCCGAGAAAAUGGCGCAAAAAGGCAGCAAAAAAUGAGUCUUUGUCACCAUAAAAGGAACAUCUAUAUGGAGCCUUUUUCCACCCUUUCUCAAUUAUUUUUCUGCAAACUCAGAUACGCAUUUAGGUUUUAAAUGGUUUUCCGCUGUUUUCAUUUCAACCCAAAACAAAGAAUAUUAUAUAUUUCCUUUAUUUAAAAAUUCAAAAGCAUGUUCAAUUCUAUUAUGAUUUUUUUAAUGCUAAAACUAAUAAAUUAUUUAAGUUUCCAACUUUGUUUUCAGAUCCCUAGAGAACUUCAAAGUAAAAUGUACAACAAGCUGCGGGAAACGGAGCCAGAUCGACUUGACCGCAUCCUCAACUUAUUAUCGCGUGCGGAUGGGUAAGCUUCCUCAAGUCAUAGUCCUCAUCUCUGAACAUUUUGAGAGCGGAGCAUGGCUCGAUGCUUUCUCCUUUUCCGGCGACUUUAGAAGAAGAGCUCCCCAGGAGUGCCUUGCAGCAAAACUCGCCGAUUUCCUGCAAAAAGUCCCCUUUGGCUCGCGAGAGUCAGUCCAGCGUUCGAGGUACAAACGCCGCCCAAAUUUCACCGGCUUCACGUUUUGCAGGGAAACUGACGUCGCAGAGGAGCGGCUCGUGGCCUUUCUCGCUCACCCGGCCUACAGGAAGUCCGAAGGCCAAUGUCGUGCACUUCUUCCCGUCCACCGACGAUGAGACCUUCUCCUCGUCCACUCCUUCGACGUCUCGUCGGCCACAAACUUUGUCAUCCGCCACUACAGAAACGACUUCCACGCCCUUAGAUGAUUCGGAAGUCAGGCGCGCUGAAGGAUCUGCUCAGCAACUUGUCAAGCCAGGUUUCACCCUUUUGGUUCAUCUAAAAAUGUUCAUUUCUACAAGAGAGGUCGAAACAGUCAAGCUUCGAAACUUUGCUGAAAGUUCGCUGAGAUAUAGUCCGUCUUUCGCGGAUUGUCUGCGCCCUCCUCGUCUCUCGACGAUCCUCCUUUGUUGACGCGCUUUUUCCAUUUUUCUCUGGCCCCGUGAGGGAACAGAGAUACGCAGAGAGGCGAAACCUGUCAAGUCGCAACGGACGGGCUAUAUAUAAGGUGGCUCGAAAAUUUCGUCGAAAAAACAACCAGAGCAUUGUGAUGAGAUACUCUUUAUUUGUUAAAAAUAGCCCUAAUCCCCAACCGCAAAGUAAAUUGACCUCCCUUGUGAAGUAAGUUUCACAAAAAAUUACAACGCAACACUAAUUGAUCCUGCACCUCGAGUUAAUUUCGCAUUUGUUUGUUCUCUUCGGGAAACGUAAUUUUCAGCGACGCCACGGCAGACCGAGGCAAGGUCGCCUUCAAGAGAACGCGUGGACAACCUUCGGACUGCGGCGCGAUCUUCGGCCGCUGCUGCCCGUCGACGGCUCCGCAACGUCGUCCGCGCUUUCCGUUUCACUUCUAUCACUCGCAGCAAUCCGGAUAUCGCACAGCCACAGGCAUGA